GGCAGGCGAACCCCCACAGGCGCCCCCGCCCCGCUCGCAUUUUUGGGCGCGUAAAAGCGUGCCCUCCACCAGGGCUUGCGAUCAUACGCGUUACGACUCCCUUUCGCUCUCUUUCCCUACCUCCACCAUGGCCGUCGUCGGCGUAGAUUUCGGUACAUUGCACAGCAAGAUUGGUGUUGCAAGACACCGCGGAAUCGAUAUCAUCGUGAAUGAAGUCUCGAAUCGUGCCACGCCAUCACUCGUUUCCUUUGGCCCCAAGCAGCGCUCGAUCGGAGAGGCUGCAAAAACGCUAGAGACCUCCAACUUCCGCAACACCGUCGGUGGCCUUAAGCGGCUCAUCGGUCGGACACUCAACGAUCCUGAGGUCCACGAAGUCGAGAAGAACUUCCACAAUGCUACGUUCGUAGACGUGAAUGGUACUGUUGGCUUCCAGGUCAACUACCUGGGCGAGCAACGGCAAUUCUCCAUCACGCAACUCACCGCCAUGUACCUGGGCAAGCUGCGCGACAUUGCGGCAAGUGAGCUCAAGACCGGUGUCUCCGACAUUGUCAUCACCGUCCCUGGCUGGUUCACUGAUAUCCAGCGGCGUGCAUUGCUCGACGCAGCGCAGAUCGCUGGACUCAACCCCCUUCGUCUUAUAAACGACACGACUGCCGUCGCUCUGGGCUACGGUAUCACGAAAUCCGACUUGCCCGAGCCCGAAAACCCCCGCCACGUCGUCUUCGUCGAUGUCGGUCACUCUUCUACCUCUUGCUCCGUCGUCGCGUUCUCAAAGGGCCGGCUCGACGUGAAGGCGACCGCGUACGAACGUAACGCAGGUGGGCGCGACAUCGACCACGCCCUCGUUCGGCACUUCGCCGAGGAGUUCAAGGAGAAGUACAAGAUUGACGUACUCUCGAGCCCGAAGGCGACCUUCCGCCUCGCCGCCGGGUGCGAAAAGGUCAAGAAGGUGCUCUCCGCGAACGCAGAGGCGCCGCUCAACGUGGAAUCGAUCAUGAACGACAUCGACGCGACGUCACGCCUGACGCGCGAGGAGUACGAGAAGCUCAUCGAGAGCGUGCUCGAGCGCAUCCCGGGCCCCAUCCAGCAGGCGCUCACGGAAUCCGGCCUGCUGCUCGAGCAGAUCGACACGAUCGAGCUCGUCGGCGGGGGCACGCGCAUCCCCGCGGUGCGGGCGAAGAUCCAGUCCGUGUUCGAGGGCAAGGUGUUGUCGACGACGCUGAACCAGGACGAGGCGGCGGCACGCGGCGCGACGUUCGCGUGCGCGAUGCUCUCGCCGAUCUUCCGCGUGCGCGACUUCUCGAUGCACGACAUCUCGCCGUACCCGAUCAAGUUCCACUGGGAGCACCAGCCGGAGGAGCCCAACGACGAGACGGAGCUGCUCGUCUUCCCCAAGGGCAACAUCAUCCCCUCGACGAAGGCGCUCACGUUCUACCGCAAGCAGCCGUUCGAGAUCGAGGUCGCGUACGCGGACCCCGCGGGCCUCCCCGGCGGGAUCAACCCCUGGAUCGCGAAGUUCACCGCGAAGAACGUCAGCCCGAACGAGAACGGCGACCACUCGACCGUCCGCGUGCGCACGCGUCUGAACCUGCACGGCGUCAUCUCCUUCGAGCAAGCGUACCUCGAGGUCGUUGAGGAGACGGACGAGCCGAUGCAGGUCGACGCCGAGGGCGCAGAGCAGCAGCCGAAGAAGAAGAAGGUCUCCAAGAAGAUCGACGUUCCCUUCGUCUGGGGCUCGACUUCCCUGGACCCCUCUGUCGUCGAGAAGUUCAAGGAGCAGGAGGCCGAGAUGUACGCGGCUGACAAGCUUGUUAUGGACACUGAGGACCGCAAAAACGCUCUGGAGGAGUACGUCUACGACAUGCGUGGUCGUCUGGACGAGCGCUAUGUCGCCUACGUCAAGGCGCAGGAGAAGGAGACGCUCCUCAAGGCUCUCCAGGAUGCAGAGGACUGGCUCUACAGCGAGGAGGGUGAGGACGCGACCAAGUCCGCGUACGUCGAGCGGCUCGACGCGCUCAAGAAGCUCGGCGACCCGAUCACGGGCCGGUACAAGGAAACGGAGCAGCGGUCGGCGGUGGUGAGCCAGCUUCGCGAGACGAUCAACCGGUACAUGUCCGAGGCGACGUCCGCGGACGAGAAGUACGCGCACAUCGACGACAAGGACAGGCAAGCCGUCGUCGAGAAGUGCGCGACGAUCCAGCAGUGGCUCGAGGACCAGAUCGCGCGCCAGUCCGAGCGCCCCAAGGACGUCGACCCCGUCCUCACCGCCGCGGACGUCCUCAAGAGGAAGGACGAGAUUAUCUACUUCGCGACGCCCAUCCUUACGCGGCCCAAGCCCAAGCCGCCAAAGACGGAGACCCCCUCGGGCACGGAGACUCCGAAGAGCGGCACGGAGACUCCGAAUGCUCAGCAGCCUCCGCAGGAGGGCGAGGCUCCGAAGGAGUCGCAGGGGCCUUCUGAGAUGGACGUCGACUAGACUUUCUUCUGCUUUCACGACACGAAAUCAACGAGCUCAUGAUGUAGGUUGGGGGACGUGCGCAGUAUCAUAGCCAAUAAUGUGUUGAUGUAGACAUACUACAAUAUUCGCAGUCUCUAGUACUGUUGAAUCCAUUGCCUCUCUUGUA